GUGCGUUCUUGUCUUCCUUGUUGUCUCGCCCCCUCUGCAUCCCUGCCAAGCUGCACCGGAUACCACAGCCAUGGAUGAUAAAUAUGACCAUUAUAGCUCCAUUUUGGAUCUACUCAGCGAGACCAUUAACAUGACUGACCCAACCUACUUAAUCAGUGACACUGCCCAGCUCUGUGACAAGAAACCUGUCAAUGAAUUUGGUGCAAAAUUCAUCCCAGUUUUCUACUGCAUCAAUUUCCUCUUGAGUUACCUUGGUAACGGGCUUGUCCUCUUCAUCAUCUACAAGUAUGAGAAGCUCAGCACAGUGACAAACAUCUUUCUCCUGAAUUUGGUCCUGUCCAAUAUUCUCUUUGCCUCCAGCCUCCCUUUCUGGGCCAAGUACCAUCAAUCUGAGUGGAUAUUUGGAAUUACCCUGUGUAAGAUGGUUAGCAGCGCCUACUUUAUUGGUUUCUACAGUUCCAUCCUCUUCCUUACACUUCUGACAUUUGACAGAUACCUAGCAGUGGUUCAUGCAGUGGCAGCUGCCAAGAGCAGGAAAAGGGUAUAUGCUGUCAUUGCAUCUGUGAUAGUUUGGUGCAUCAGUAUUGCAGCAAGUGUGAAAGAGCUGGUUCUUAGGAACGUCUGGAAGAAUGAUCUUAUUGGACUGAUAUGUGAAGAGUUAGGAUUCCCAGAGAACACCAUGAAGCGCUGGCGUCUUGUCAGUUACUACCAGCAAUUUCUGCUCUUCUUUCUUCUUCCCUUGUUAAUGGUGAUGUAUUGCUACAUUAGCAUCACCAUACGCAUCCUGUCCACUCGGAUGAAAGAGAAGUGCCGUGCCAUAAAGCUAAUAUUUGUCAUCAUCUUCACCUUCUUCGCCUGCUGGACACCAUACAAUAUUGUCAUACUUCUUCGAGCAAUACAGAUAUCCAGCACAGAUGAAGAAGUGUGUUCAGAAAGCUUAGACUAUGCACUUUAUGUGACCCGAAACAUGGCCUAUUUGUAUUGUUGCAUUAGCCCUGUGUUUUACACAUUUGUAGGAAAGAAGUUUCAGAGCCACUUCAAAAGACUGUUGGCUAAAAAGAUCCCAUGUUUGAAGAGACACAUUAGCCUCAAUAGCCAGAGUACCAGGACCACAUCACAACGGACACCACACUCUGUUUAUGAGUACUAAAAACUGUAAGAUACAUAGAUAUGUUACACACACAUAUGAAGAUGUUUCACCUCUCAUCCAAAAGGCGUCUUCACUUACCAGAGUGUACAAGAUCCUCUUCGUCAAUUACAAAUCCCUCAGUGCCCUGGCCCAUCAGUAUUUGUCCGACCUCUUGCACCCUCACAAACAGCCUUGGACACUUCGGUCCUCAGCCAUGGGUCUGCUCUUUGUCCCUUGCACCAGCCUCCAUACCUUUGGGGAGCCUUCAGUGUGGCAGCCCCUACUCUCUGGAACUGUCUCCCUUCUCAGCUUCACAACACCCCAUCACUGGACGCUUUUAAUAAACUUUUGGAAAAUCAUCUGUACAAAAAGG